AUGUUUACUGGUCUUAUUGAAACUAUUGGAACGGUUGCUGAAUAUGUCGAGCAGGAUGGCUCGUCUUCAGGGGGCAAUGGUGUCUCCAUAACCAUUACUGAUUGUUCAACCAUAUUGGAAGAUGUUCAUCUUGGCGACUCCAUUUCAACCAAUGGAGUUUGUUUGACGGUGACAGACUUUGAUGCAGCCAAGACUCACUUCAAGGUAGGAGUAGCACCUGAAACAUUGCGCAAAACCAAUUUGGGAGCUUUGUCUAAAGGAUCAAAGGUCAAUUUAGAGCGGGCUGUGACGAGUGACGUGAGGUUAGGUGGCCACGUCGUGCAGGGUCACGUUGAUACAAUUGCGACGAUUGUUGGCAAAAAGCCGGAUGGGAAUGCAAUCACAUUCACAUUUGAACUUAGAGACAAGGAGUUUAUCAACUACAUCGUGCACAAAGGAUUUAUAGCCAUUGACGGAACUUCAUUGACAGUCACUUCUGUCGACGACUCAAAAGCUCAAUUCUCUAUAAUGUUGAUAAGUUACAGUCAGGAGAAGGUUAUCUUAGCAAAGAAGGAGAUUAGUGAUACUGUAAAUAUCGAGGUUGACCUCACCGGUAAGCUCAUUGAGAAACAAGUUGAACUUAACUUGAAGUCACAAAUUGAUAAAGGUGACAGUGCUUUGAAUGCAUUAAUCACAUCUAUCGUUGAAAAAAAGGUGAAGGAAUUAAUCAAGUAG